CAGAUGUUGUGGACCGGUGGUGCAUCUCUUUUCAGAAGGUUGCUCAGAGGCACACAAGUUUAGCUUGAGAGCAACAUGCAUUGCUGCGCAAAGCAGAAGGUUCCUGGUCAAAGAAGCACCUGAUGGUUCCGCUUGAGCAGCACAAGUAGAAGUGCGGUGCGACAUGUGACGCAUUCAACAACAUGCCAAUACAGCUGCGCAGAGCGUGGUCCGCAAACUAGGAAGAAGAUGUCAGUGCGCGCCUUUGCUGCAUGAUUUGCAGAGCAGGAUUGCAAUGGAGCCUAACAGGAAGGGGGCAGGAGGUCCAAGAGAAACUUCUGAGAGCAUUGCAGAGAAUGCUGUUCAUAAGCUGCCCAUGCGACUAAGCAGAACCAUGUCUGAUCAGGCUCGCAGGAAAGCCGAGAAGGAUGUGAGAGAAUCUGAAUCGAAGGACAAGCCUGCAGCAAAGCUGACCUCAGGCAAGGCACAAAGAGUACUCAAAGAUGUUACCAACCAGCGUUCUGCCAAACAUGCAACAGAACUGACAAAAAAGGCUUCUCAACAGAGCAGACCCGUACCCAUAGCAGCAAUCGGUGCAGGCCAGGCCCCGAAUGUGCAUCAUGCCACAACAGCAUCAGCCAAGGAGGCAGAGGUUGCUGUGGCAGACACUUCAGAAUACAAACCAGAGAGCGCUUCUCUGCUGGGCAGGCCUCAAGAAGCUGACAGUUCCCAAGGUCCUGUAGAGAAGGGAACAACAAGUGUCUUACCUGAGGGAAGAAGUGGCUUGCCUUUCAACACAGAAGAAAGUCCUGGUAUUCAGGUCCUGGAAGAAGGCGCGGGGGCAAAUGCAGAUACUGAGCGGAAGGCAGAUUCCAAAGCCUCCAUGAAAAGCAAAGCCUUACCUCUGCCGGUCGCAGUACCGCUGUCAGAUACCAGGAGGGAGCAGCGUAAGCUAGCAGCAGCCAUGAAGGUGUUUGAGCAACUGGAGCAGCAGCGCUUGCAGCAGCAGGAGAUGGAACGAAAAGCUCAAGCCAAGACACUACACGUUCAGCAACUCUUGCGAAAGGCCAUGAAAGGUUGGAAGUCUAUCAGAAGCAAUGCGUCUUUGCCUGCCAAUCCUUCUAGCUUGGGUGUUGAUGAAGCAGGAAAGUUGCAAGCUCCUGGUCCUUCUGAACAACAAACUGUCAAUAAUGACAUCAAAGGCAAGCAGAAAGUCGAAGAAAUCACAUCUGAAGAGGGGCAAGUAAACCACAGGCCAAGGCAGACUGGCAAACGGAACGGGUCAACCUCCAUGCCUGCUCCCAAGGUGGAGGUGCAGUCCCCAUCACAGGCCUUCGGAAGUGCAGCAGUGGCGAUUGUUGACCAGAGUAUUCAGGAACUGAAGGAGAAGCGGAAGAAGCGCGUUCGAACAAGGGGACGGCAAAAGCAGGUUGAGCGGGUCAGAAUGGUUGAGAGCAUCAUUGCGCUGUUUUCGGAGCUGAAAGGAGAGGAACUCCUUGACGAUUUUGCGGUCCUAUUCAAAGGAGAGGAAGGAAUGGAUGCUGGUGGCUUGACAGCCGAGCUCUUUUACCUGUUUCUUCUUAGCUGCCUUCGAGCCGAAGGGCCCGGCACCGACAAGAAAGAGUGGGCAAACACGUUUCUGCAGAUAGGGAAGGUCUUCAUCAAGAGCAUCCUGGACCAGGUUCCUCUACCAAGGCGUCUAGCUUCCACCUUCUUCAAGUUCGUCCUCGAUUGUCCCCUCGAUCUCGACGAUUUGGGGUCCUUCGACCCUCAACUAAAACGCUCGUAUGAAAGCAUCCUGGCCGCUACUUCUGAGGAUCUCGACAACAUGUGCUUGUCCUUCGACUCGGUCGGCGACCCGGCGGACGCCGUCACUUCUGAGAACCGGGCACAGUUCGUGGACCAGAUGGUCUACGAGAAGCUCCUGGGAUGCCGUCUGGAAGCGCUGGAGGCCCUCCGCGAGGGCAUGUCGCAGAUCGGUCCUCUCUACGACCAGCUUCGCACUCUAUCACCCGCUGCCUUGGAGGACCGCAUGUGCGGAACAGAGGUGAUGAACGGCCGAGACGUGGCCGUCUUCCUCCACUUCCCCCCGGGAGAGCUCUCGCAGGCGGUCCACAAGGAACAGCUCCUCGCUCUGCUCGACGCCUGGGACCAGAGCACGCUCAGCGACUUCCUCAAGUUCACGACGGGCCUGUGCGUCCUGCCCAUCGGCGGUCUGAAAAACCCAGACGCCUCUCCGAAGCACAUGAUCAAGGUGGUCUCCUGUACGUGUGCAUCGUGCAAGAAGAGAUCCGGGCCUGCGAAAAGCCCGUGCACCCUCCUACCGCAAGCCAGCACGUGCUUCUGGACCCUGAGAUUGCCCGUGUGCUCGAUUGCAGAGGAACUCGAGAAGAAGCUGCUGGUGGCCUUCAAGUGGGGGAACGGUUCUUUCGGUCAACUUUGAGACCUGUUCGCGACAAGGACGUUGUGAAAUUCUUGAGAGCAUACUGGCUGGGCCCGGGCCAGUACACUUUGCGUGUACAAACUUGAAAGAGCCGCUUACCUGCGAUUGACCAUUGAGCCUGCCACUGUUAGGAUUUUCUUUGGCACGACCUUGACAGGACUGUGCAAAGCCGCGGAUGGUCGAUCCCGGAUCAUUUAUGUUUCGAGUUGGUUCAGCC